UCCCCUCUCCGGGGUUUCCAUGAAUGUGCUGGGGAGGACCCCGAGGUGGGUGGUGGGGAUGAACCCAGGGGUGUUGCUGCCCUCCUGACGCUCUCCCCUGUGUCCAGCAGGAUGGUGUCCAUCGCUCUGGAGGUGACCUGCAGCUUCCUCGCCUGGCUGUGCCUGUACCUCUGCCUCUGCCGCUGGAACAAGCACCGCUCCUGCGAGUGGAGCUGCCGCCUGGUCACCCUCCUGCACGGGCUCGUUGUCACCUGCCUCUCGGGUUACACCGCCCUCCUGGCCGGCCCCUGGCCUCUGACCCACGCAGGUUCCCCAAACACACCUCUCCAGACCCACGUGCUGUCCCUGACCUUGGGCUACUUCAUCUUUGACCUGGGCUGGUGCCUGUAUUUCCAGACAGAGGGGGGCCUGAUGCUGUUCCACCACACCCUGAGCAUCUGUGGCAUGGCCCUGGUGCUGGGGCUGGGCAAAUCUGCCACGGAGGUCAACGCUGUCGUGUUUGUCAGCGAGAUCACCAACCCCCUGCUCCAGACCCGCUGGUUCCUGCGGGAGACGGGCCGGUACCGCACCUUCCUGGGGGAGCUGGUGGACUCCCUCUUCGUGCUCCUCUUCCUGGCCCUGAGGAUCGUGGGGGGAGCCUGGAUCAUGGGGGCCAUGGUGGUGUCCCCUCGCCCCAGCUGGCUCCUCAAGGCUGGGGGCCUGGCCAUGUACGUGGUGUCCCUGGGGUUCCUGGUUGAAAUCUGCCGCUUCGUCAGGAGGAAGAUGGUGAGAAAACACCUUCCCUGGACGCGCCUGAGGAGGGGGAAUGAACCUGUGAGAAUGAAUGGACACGUGGCUGCUCAUUGAUGGGCUGUGGAGGACAAUCCCCUGGCCUUGGGGCCUGGCUGCUGGAGCUUAUUCCUGCCAAAAGAGCCCCUAAAAUGACUCUCUGGCGCUGGUUUGCUACCCCUGGAAGGAGACGGGUCAGCGCGAGGAACGUGGAAAAGCUGGGAAAAGAGGGAUCUGAGUGGAAAUCCGAGGAGCCUGUGGCUGAUUCCCUGACCUCUGCAGCAAUGGUACAGUCACACAAGGAGGGUGGCAAUGCCAGACCUGCUCAGUCUGCAGCCAGUAAUGGCACAGUCCGUGUGCUCUGUCACCGUUUCUGAGGUAGAAUUAUUUUACAGCGCAGAGAAAAUCAAACAUGGAAAAUCCAACCUUCCUGCCAGUGGGGCUGGGUAGGGGUGUGACCUGGCAAAGAUUUGCUGAGCCUCACUCUCUGUAAUCCUGGAUUUGGACAAUGUGCUUUCCUAAGUACUCAAUGAAAGCCUCAGAACCAGACUGAAGUGCUUUCAGGGGUGUAGGAGAGUUGUCCUUUGAGUGUGUGGAGUGAUGGUACUUGAGGUGAGGCAAUGUUUUACCUCCUUGUUUUAAAUGAUACAUUUCCUUUUCUUUUUUUUUUUUAAUACUGGCAUUCAAGCAGAUACUGAUCUUAGAGCAGUGUGACUUCACUGGGACUGGCUCAAGCCCUUGCAAACAAGAGUCAGGAAUUAGACUCGUGCCAAUAAACUCCAUAAGCAGGUGUUCUCCUGGCCUUGGAUUGCUUAAAAAAGAUAAUCAGGUUUUUUGUGGGUGAGAGAGGAUAGAGAAGAGCCCCCCUGGACGCUCUUUCUGUCCUGGGGUUGGAUCAUUUACAAGCCACUAAAGCUGAAUUCAUAGCUAAUGAGUCAAAUGUGUGACUAUUUUCAGGGGUGACAGUCAUGACAAGAUAGGUCUCAGUGUAACAUCUGCUCCACACCAGCAGGCCUUGGAGCAUGGACUAGUUCUCUUGUUUUCUUUACCUCUCAGAGUCGUGUUCUGACAUUUUCCCCUGGGGUUUUAAUGUGAAUUUCCCUCUGUUUAAGGCUGCAGUUGAGAUUUACUCUCCUAUAAAAGCCCCGCUUGGAGCUGAGAAACAAAGGGCCUUGUGUUGCUUGCAGGCUUAGCAGGGCUGGUUGCUGCUUUCCAAGAUUUUAGGGGAGGUUCUUCAUGGAGCUGAAGAGCCCCUGGAACUGCCUGUGUGGGUGUUGCUGGAGUGAGGUGUCAGUCCUGCUGCAGAGGAAAGCAGUGGGAAGGAAGGGAGCUCCUCCAUGCCUCUUAUCUCACUAAUUUUGGUGUUUUUCAGGGCAGAUAUCAGCCUUGGCUGGGGGUUAGAAUAAGGUGUUUGGAGAGAUUAAAAAAAAAUGACCUGAAAUAACCUCACUUUUGACAAGUCCACUGAAAGCACUGCAGCUGUGAAUCCAGGCAAGUUACUGUUUAGGAAAGCAGGAGCUUUGUCCUCCAGCUGGGCUGGCUCUGGGGGCCUGAGGGAUGGACCCUGUGCUCUUCCAAAAACUCCUGUGAGUCAUGAGACUUCUAAUAAAAUUAUGUUCUCUUUUUU